AAUAUUUGGAAGUAGAUAAUAAUGAAGUUAUUAAUGAAAUGUCAUCUGAUACUGAAAUUGUUAUACUAGUUCAUCUAUCAGAAGAAUACAACAUUAAUUAUAUUAAUGAUGAUGAUUCUAAUGAAAUUACUCCAAUUAUAUUAAACUUUCAAGCUUUAAUUGCAUUUGAUACUUAUAUUCUUUAUUUUGAACAACAGUUUAAUAAAUUUAAUCUUAAUGUUAAAGAUUUACAUAGGAAUGUAUUAAUACAAAAGCAAAUAACUCUUAAUG